AGAAAACCAUGAAGGGGCAGAAGGGAAAGCAGAACGGGGUGAAGGAGAGGGGGAAGGAGCGGCGGAAAAGCAGUCCAGAGAAGAAGAAUGAGAGGUGGCAGUGUGAGAAUGGCUCCCUCCUGAAACAGCUAGGUUUCCCCAAGACCUUCCCUCUGGACAACUCCCUGUUUGACAGCUGGCUGGCCCAGUCGGUGCAGAUCACGGCUGACGACAUGCUGAGCAAGUGGGCCCUGGACGCCGGGCAGCACCGUGACAAGACGGCCAGCCUGCUGUCUGACCAGCUGCUGCAGGGAGAGGAGAACCUGCUCAGCCUUAUGAUGGACCACUCCAUGAAGUCCACCUGGAAGACCCCUCAGCUGGGCCGCAAGACCCGGGGCAAGCCCCGAACCCGGGGCCAUCACUCCACCACCAACACCGCCGCAGCAACCACCGACACCCCCCCUGCUGCUGCAGCCACCGCAGCCUCCACAGCCAAGGGGGCUCUACUGGCAGAGGAGAGGCCAGGCCACGGGGUUCGUAGAGGGGAAAGGUCCCGGGGCACCAAGGCCCUCCACCACCGCCACCCCCAGACCAGGAGCACUGAGGCUCCUCUGGACCCGCCACCGCAGCCGCCCACCUCCAAAAUGGACUCCUGUCACAUCUCGGAGGAGCGUGGCCCCUGGAACAGCCUCACGGGUACUGGGGUAGCRUCCGCCCCCCUGGCCUCCUGUUUCCCCCCAUACAGUAGUCCUGGGACAGUGCCUGGGGGGGGGUCAGGGGGGGGUCCCAUUCCCCGCACGGCCUUGCGCCUCCGCCUGCACCGGCAGGGCAAGUCCCGGGGGAAGGGUGGGGGUGGGGGGUUGCAGGAAGCUGUGGAGCGCCCCCUGGAAAGGGAGAGAGAGAGGGACCCCCACCCCGUCUCCCACCCAGUGAAGGAGACAUCAUCAUCGCUGCUGGACCCCGAGACAGACGGCUACUUCUCUGACGCCGAGCAGAGCGACUCAGACACACACUCCAGUGCCCGCAAGCUUCGUCUGGCUCAGUUGCAUUCUGGGAGCGAGGACCUGCUGAGGAGGAGCGUGCUGGCUUUGUAGAAUAAACUGAGACGCGCGCRCACACACACACACCACCGACCAGAACACACACUGUUUUCUCAGACUGACUGGAGCUCCAUCCCAGCUCCCGCUGCCACGGCUUCUGUCUGUGYUCUUGAUAUUAAAAUUGUAGUUAUUUUCUUUCUAGAUUGCUUUAAUGAACCAAAUCUCGGUACAUCACUAGUCAUGAAUCAGUUUAUCUGCUCUGUUCUGAGGAUUUGAAUGUAGCUGCUACAUAGUUAAACAAUGAGACCCUAGAUGUUAAAGUAACAAAGGCUGUAUGAUGAUGUAAGAAGACAAAGAGAAAGUGGAUUUGGACUACGUUACGUUUAGGUUUUGUUUGGUUUAGAUGUUGAAGUAUAACACGGUGGUAAACCAUGUCAUCAACCCUUUCUAGCAGCGUGGGCUCACUGGUAACUAACCACAAGAGUUGGGGUSAAUACUUUGUGGACAUUAUAAGCUAGUUCAGGUGAAUCACUUAUUUUCAAAUGACCUAAGAUGGAUCCCAUGAUGCAAUCCUUGGGAUAUGAUUAAAAAGUCGUUCAGUUCAGAAUCAGACCCAGAACAGGUCUAAUGGGCUAACCCAUCAGUCUGAGAAAUAUACAGAAAAUAUCACACAAAUAUUAGCCUUUAAAAGCACAAAUAGCUAACAGGAACUGUAAUGCAAACAUUGUGCWUAAACACACUCACACACAUCUACACCACACACAUUACACAAACACACACAUGAUUACAUUCUCAAAGCUCCUCCCUCUGCAUUCAGCCGUUGUUGUAACUGUUUGAGAAUUACGUCAGCUCUUCACUGACUCUGCCUCCUCUUCCGUUUCAAUCAUUGGAGAAACAAUAUUUAACGAAUUGUGUGCCUUCUGUCGCUCCCCCAAAAUGAGUUUAUCAAUCACUUCUAUAAUCUGAUUUGUUACAAUCAAAAAAGGGAAACCUGUUGUAUUGGUAAUCAAGCGUACCGAAACAGAUGACCUUAAUUGUAGUGCCUAAAAAUGGAUGUAUAUACAGCUUUUGCCAUGAAUCAACCCAACCGCACGCAAAGCCACACAGAUACACAGUUCUACCAUAUUUGUGCAAAUUGCUGCCCCAACAAAGCAACUUCUGGAGUCAUUGUUGCUCCCGUCAGACGAGUGGUAUAAUCAGCUACAGUACAGACUCCUGGAUUCUAACUUCUUUUUUUAGUUCUUUGUAAAUUUGUUUUAACUCUUGUUUUUUCGUCUCAGAGAGUUGUAUUUUAUACUUAAAGUGGUCCACAGUAUUUUCUCAGGGUUUAAAAAAAUCGAAGAAGACAUAUAAGAAGGGUUGAAAAUGUAUUGAAAUCAAAGUUAAACCGUAAAUAUAUUAUACUAUAAAAAGGCUAUUUUAUACAUAUAAGUAUGUAUAGAAAAAGUUCCUUUGGCAAAGCUUCACUGUUUGAACUGACUACUACUGUACUGAGAGCUUUUCUCCUGUCUCAAUCAGUACACUACUACUGCUACUUCUACUACCCAACUGGCUGUCUCCUGAGUUKAUGAUGCCAAAGAACAGUGUAAAACAGACUGGGCAGCAUGCACUCACUCUGGCAGCGYCCUAAACAACACCCUAUUCCCUAGAUAGUGCACAUGGUGCCGGUUGGGACGCASCCUCACUCUCCGGUGUCACCAUGUGAUCCGCUGAAGGACAUGAAUACGGAAAUCUACCUGAUGCCAGCAGCUCUGUUCUAGUCGACUCAAUUGGGAGCUCUGCAUUGCUCUGGCCUGGUGUGGCUCGGCUUUAACACCCACCACCACUAUUCCACCUUGGACCCUCCCAUUCCCUGCUCCCUUAAGGCUGUUACUUACUGGCCCUCUGUGCCACUGACCUAYUCUGGAUGGAGUGUCGCAGUUCCCCCCCCCUGCCCCCAACCUGGGAAGAGUUGAAUGCUGCUGAACCGCGUGUGUGUGUUUGUGUGUGUGUGUGUGUUUGUGUGUCUGUGUCUGUGUGUGUGUCUGUGUGUGUGUGGCUGAUGGUUCAGAGCCCACUGACACCCCCCAGUGCUGUUAUCACAGGGUUGGAAUGUAGAAGAUGACUAGAUUUUUGUGUGUGUUGUCCGGUCCCCGGAUGGGACACAUAUUCAGGAUGAAACCCCCUAAAACAGUGUAUUGGUCAGGUGGCUCUGUCUGUCUGUCUGUCUGUCUGUUUGUCUGUCUGCAGCCAGUCUGGUUACUUCCUUUGGCCAUUUCCUUUCCAUCCACCGUAACCCUUGGAGACAGACUAGUAUAACCAUAGAAAUAGAAUGAGUAGCACAUUCUAUUCAUUCCUACUCUAUGAUUGCAACGUAUACAAUAACAACAACCAUGCUUAUUGUUGUCUGCAGAUAGGUCGUCUGGGUGGAUGAAUGGGGUUAGCGCUGUAGUAGCCCCACAGAAUCCACCCAAACACCUAGUCGUUUACGUGUUAAGACGAUGAAAUGUAAACUUGGUUUCAAUAUUCAAUAUAUACACCAAUUUAGACUAGACAGUGUUUUAGACGGAGCCCUUCAUGUACGGCCCCUAACGUAGUAGAAAACAGGUUCUUAUUAUUGGAGUGGGGCAUGUACGCCCUCUUCCUCCGCUUCCUCUCAGAAACAGUAGGCUGGCAUUUUAGUGAGGUGGUGAGGUCUUUUAGUCCAGCAGGCAGCAGCUGACUGCACUUUUCAUACAGAGUAUAGAUGGAUGGAUGGUAUUAUAUCCUAGAUGGACAGUAUUAUCCGACAGAGUACCUAUGGAUGGAUGGUAUUACUAUUAUCCUCCUCAAGCAGAGUUUCUUUGCACCAAUCCUGAGCACCCACAGGGUUGCAUGUYUUAUUCCAGCCCACACUAACACACCUGAUACAGAUCAUCAAAUUGAUGAUCAGUUGAAUUUAGGAUGUGUUAGUGCUGGGCUGGAACAAAACAUACAUUCGGACGGUGGGUCCCCUGAAAUAGGGUUGAGAAAGGAUGCUUUGGUGUAGCUGUGGAUGAAUGUCCUAGUGCUGUCUCUGUACCACCUAGGAACUGCUGCUGCUGCUGUUGUUGUUGUCGUUUGUAGCGUGAAAAGGCCAUCAGCACACUAACAGAACACAACGACGACGUCAUUGAGAAGGAUCUCCUCUUCUGUGUUAGUUGCUUCCUCCCAUAGGGAACUGGUUCAUGGCUGUAGUAGUUCGACUGCCGUUUACCUAUCUGGUUUUUGUAUGCACCAACAAUAAUGUAUAAUACUGUACUAGAGACCGUUUUGUUUCCUUGUUAAAAGCCUUCGCAAGCUGUUUUUGUAACGCUUCUGCCGCGGCUCAUAUAACUAGAAUGCUGACUCAUAAUCAGACCAACUGCUUCCUUAUUGGCGCUUUAGCUCUCGGACCGUCGACGGACUGCUUCCACACAGUGAAGUAUGGUUCCAAUCCAACACCCACCCCACAGACUAGGGUUCUGUCUCACUCCCCUCCCUGCUUCAGUGUUCCGCCAGCCCGCCUUGACUCCUUCAUUGUUUUGAAGCACAGCAGGAUCAAAGGAACAAACUUUAAGGUCAAAUAAUGACAUUCAUGUGUAGUGGAGAGAGCGUUUGUCACUCUGCUGCUUAGAGAGAGAGUGUUUGCGCCCUGUCCACACAGUGUACUUAAACAGACAGGGAAUCUGAACACCCGUCUCACCCUUUUUCUGUGUGACACACAAACUCAGUGCAAACACUUCUGUUUUUACAGAGCUACGUUUAUUUGCUUUCUUUGCUUUUGUUUUAUACAACCAGAGAGAAAAUGAUUUGAUAAAACAAAAGGGGGAAUUGCUAAUUGAAGUUUAAAUGGUCAGCCCGGCUCUCCAGUGGGCUGAUAGUUCAAUUGGCAGGCUGCUCUCC